AUGGACCACGACGACCCGGCCGACACCGUCGCCUCGUUCUCGGAGGCGGUGAUGCGCGAGGCCAUGUGGGACAUGUACGACGCGGACACCGGAGCCGCGCUCGACAACAGCAAGGCGAUCAGCCUCAACGUCGACGCGGAGGACACCGACGAAGUGGACCUGGCGCUCUUCGUGGACGACGACGACCACCCCGGAGAGUUCGAACCAAACUCGACGCAGGUGGUCCAGCUGUGCGAGUUUGCGCACCCGGAGACGUGCGCCAAGGCGGUGCCCUACGUCUGGGCCCCCGAGACGUUCGACUGCGGCGAAUCCGACGAGUCAAACCCGGACGCCGGGUUCGUCUGCGUCGACAUCGAAGCAAAGACGGACAAAGACGGCGACCUCGCCGUCAUCGCCGAGACGCGAGCUCCGUCCCCGAUGUGCGUCGAGCCUGAUGACGACGGCGACGAUACCGAGACGACCGACGACAUCGUCGAGACGGUCGUGAAGGAGGAUCCGACGGUCGUCGAGGACGGUGGCGAGAAGCGGAGGCGGGGACUGACGCAGGCGAGAAUCAACCGUCGAUCGGGCAACCGAUCGCGACACCUCCGAACCGGACGCGUUCGCGGGACGCGCACGUCCACCAGGGGGCGCCGGGGUUAG